AUGCGCCCGGCGUGGGCUUACGUCUUCUACGACACUAGCCCGGGGACUCUUAAUCCGGGACGCGCCGAGGAUCUGGCCCGCUCCAUCUUCGACGGCACCGAAAACAGCCGCAGCUCUGACGGACAACCAGAAAGAAUCGAGGUCUUUGCCGUGCCUCUCCCACCUCUGUCCGAGAUCGGGAGCCCGUAUUCCGCCGAGGAGCCGGGGCUUGAGCUCGUCCUCUCGCAAGAGAGCCCCUGGUGUGCCCGUCUUGCCGAACGUGUGUCGCCAGAUCCCCAGUACGCACACUGCCUUCGGCACGCCGCCGCUUGCAUAAACCAUUACGAGCGGGAAGUCCAGAGCCCUCUGACUAUAUCGGGUAGGGCGGAGGCGGUAUCGCGGUACCUCCCAGAAUUGUUCUGCGGCACCUACUACACCCGUCACAUCGUUAUUGUAGACAGGCUUGAGGAUGAACCCAAAAACCCGCCCAGGCCUACUCGCUAG